UUUUUCAAGUGAAUAGAGGUAAAAAGUGUUAGAGGAAGGUGAAUGUUAAUGCUAGGGAUUUUUAAGAAUCUGUCUAGGAAAAUGGAAUUUAAGAGAAAUUUUUUUGUAAAAUUUAAACCUUUAAAAAGGGGACUAAUAAAGAGUUAAUAUAAAGGGGCUAUUCGGGCUAGUGUUGUUUCCCUCCCUCCCCUCCUAGACUGGUGCUGCUGCUAAAAUUUUUUUUAAAGAAGAAAAAAAAGAGGAAGAGGACAACAACAACCAUUUUAUAUAUAAAAUAUACUAAUACACACAUUAAUUUCGAAAUGAUUCCAAAAUGGUUUUAUUGUCAAAAGGAAAGAAAAAUGUGCAAUUUGGGGUGCGCGGGAUAUGAGGCAUUUGAACUGAAGGAAAAAAUUUUUUGGAAAGAAAAUUGGAGGACGCUUUUAAGAGGAAAGGGAGGAGGGAGAGGAUUUUGGAGUGAAUGA